CCAGCUCUGAGCACAAGAAAGUGAAACUAGCCCUGAAUUCUUCCUGAUCAUCACAGCCAUGGCCACUGCCAGGAGUGUUGAAAGUCUCCGGGAUGAAGCCACCUGCUCCGUCUGCCUGGAGUUCUUCAAGGAUCCGGUGAUGAUUGUGGACUGUGGGCACAACUUCUGCCGAGCCUGCAUCACCCAGUGCUGGGAGAGGGCCGAGACAGAUGUCGCCUGCCCUCAAUGCAGACAGACCUUUCCGCAGAGGAUCCUCCGCCCAAACAGGCUGCUUGUGAAUAUUGUAGAACUGGUCAAGGGCCUGAGCGUGCAGUCAGCUGCAGGAGCCGGAGGGAAGAUGAUGUGUGAGGAGCAUGGGGAGGCUCUGAAGCUCUUCUGUGAGACAGACCAGAUACUGAUGUGCUUGAUCUGCCGAGAGUCCCGGGCACACCGAGCUCACCCCGCGGCUCCCAUCCAGGAAGCUGCCCAGCAGUGCAAGGAACAAAUUCAGACUCAGCUGCAGUUUCUAAGGGGAGAGAGGAAGAGGCUUGACGAACUGAAAGGGAGUGAAAGUCAGAAACACCAGGAAUAUCAGCAAAAGGCAGCAGCUGAGAAGAAGAAGAUUGUGGCUGAAUUUGAACAACUGCGCCGGUUUCUGGUGGAACAAGAACGACUCUUGCUGGCUGAGCUGGGAGAGCUGGAGAGGGGGAUUGAGGAGAGUCAGAGGGAGACUGUCACCCAGCUCUCUGAGGAGAUUUCCCGUCUCAACAGCCUGAUCAAGGAACUGGAGGGGAAGUGCCAGCAGCCAGCAAGUGACCUCCUGCAAGACAUCAAAAGCACGCUGAGCAGGUGCAAGACUGAGCAGUUCCAGCUGCCAGAGGGGAUUUGCCCAGAGCUGGAAAGGCUCAUCAUCUUCUCUGGAAAAAGUCUAGCUCUACAGGAGACUCUGAAGACGUUUCAAGAGACUCUGCUGUUUAAACUGGAGAAGCCAGCGUACACAAAGGUGACGGUGACUCUGGAUCCAGACACGGCUCAUCCUGAACUCAUCCUGUCUGCAGACUGGAGAUGUGUGACACUGACAGGCAUGCGGCAGGAUCUGCCAGACUCUCCUGAGAGAUUUGAUUCUCUGUACUGUGUGCUGGGCUGUCAGGGAUUCACCUCGGGGAGACACUGCUGGGAGGUGGAGGCGGCGAGGGGGUUUUGGGCCAUGGGGGUCGCCAGAGAGUCUGUAAGGAGGAAGGGAGAGAUCAGAAUUAGCCCCGAGGAGGGAAUCUGGGCUGUGCAACGAACGUCAGCGGUGCACAGGGGGCUCAGUCACUUUGAGGCUCUCACUUCCCUUGCUCCCACCCCCCUGUCCCUGUGCCAGGCGCCAAGCAGGGUCCGGGUGUGUCUGGACUAUUCAUGGGGGCAGGUGUCAUUUCUUGAUGCUGGUACUGAGUCUCCGAUUUUCACCUUCCCGCUGGCCUCGUUCGCUGGGGACAGAAUCCGGCCCUGGCUCUUGCUGUGCAGGACUGGGUCCAAGCUCAGACUGUGCCGUUGAGUUGGGUGGGGAGGGGGACAGCCGGGGAAUGGAACAUCCUAUGUGGGGAAAUGGGCCGCUCCAGCUUUCCCUUCUCUGCGACCCCGGAGGAAUCCCUUCUACCAGCCCCUGUCCCCUUUCCUUAUGUCCCUGGGAGCUGCCAAGGCAAAAGGUGCAGUCUGCACAGACAAGUCUGUCCCAUUGCAGCAGGUGGCACCAGGCCUGUCUGUGCCCACACUAGAUGGCUCUGCAGGACUCAAGCAAGGCUGCCAGAAUGGACCCUCGGGAAAGCUGCCAGCUUUGGGGCUGCCACCCCCUUCAGUCCCAGCAGCCCAGGGCUGGGGCUGAGGGCAAAGUGUCUUUUGGUGUCCUUUGCCCACAGAGCCCUGCUGGGGGGUCUGGGGGUGGGAGGCCACCUGGGCUUGGAGCCUGAGCUCUGCCAGGUGCUGCCUGUGGGAAGCUGCUGGGAUGGUUUGUGCUUGAGCUGGUUUUUCAUGUGCAGCAAAGGCCCCUGGGCUGGGGGUUUUCUCAGAGCUGGAAGAGUUUCACUCAGGGCAGGUACCUCCCUGCCUCAGGCUCCUCUGAUACCAACAAUUCCCUUGUAUUGCCUGGCCCUGGCAGCUUCACAUUCAUAGAAAUCUCAAUAAACAUCUAAA